CUUUUUUUUUUUUUUUCUUGGUUUAAUCCGGCCAAAUUCAGCCUUUUUUUUUUUACUUUUGACGCUCCGUUGUAAAUGGUAUAAAUAGAAGACACUGAUGGCCCGCAUUAUUCCUUGUCAAGCCCCUCUUCUUUCUAUUCUUUUUGCUAUCCCCCAUUUACCGUUUAACAGAAUUGGAGUGUCGUGCCUAUAUACACAAUGAAGAACACUAUCCGUAACCUAUUUCAUUUGAAGAAGAAAUCAAAAAAAGAGCCUACCCAUAACAAUACCACACCAAUGACCGAGUUCUACACGCCAAGCUCUUCCGUAUCCUCUUUCUCCACAGACUCAUCGAUGAACGACUCGAUGCCUCAGACGCCGACAAGUGUAUCAAUACAAGAUAGUCGUGGUAUCUUUCGUACAUUAGAGCCUGUGUGGUACUUUAAUGCUAGUUUAUUGCCUAAUCAUCCAGCACAGAACAGUGAGUGGGUCAGAUUUGAUGAACGCAGUCAAGCCAUGUUGGAGUCUUCUUUAAGCAAACAGAACGAAUGCACCUUAAACCAUACAGCCGUCGGUACCUGUACUGUCCUCUUUAGAAGACCACAAACGACAAAGGCGGCGGCGAAUCAUAGACUCAGUUAUAGUGUGAAGCAUCAUCCAUCCCAUUACAACUCUAUGCCAACGCUUCAUCCACAACAACAACAACAACAACAUCCCAAAGGCCGUACAUUAGAAAUGAAUAAACAUGUUCGCCGUACCAUGUCUCCAGUAUGGUGGUUUGAACAGGAUGCCGCGGAUGGUUCAAAAGGCAUGUGUCGAUUUGAUUAUAAAAACCAAGUGCGUUUAGAAGCUUUAUCAGAGGGACGUACACGUAUGAUGCUUACAGACGAUGCCUUUAAUGUGCCUUUCACGGUGGCUCUCGAGCCUCCUAAAGAACGCGAAUCAAGAGAAGAAGUACGUGGUUUCUUAUUCUUUGAACCGGUCGCCACUGCAUUCCAACUUGCCUAUCAUACCUGUCAGGCACCCUCCUCGCCUAUGAAUAGUAAUAAAAUGGAAGCAGCACUUCCAGUAGUAGAAGGAUCAGCUUACGAAGUUGACGAUCUAUGGGGACAUGAUCUUCUUCGUCGAUUCUCCAUUUAAAAUCAUUUGCACACGUCACGCACAUGUAUUAUUACUUGUUACUUUUUGCAUUAUAAUUUCUUUUACUCCUUAUAUCACCCAUUGAUUCAUCCUUCUGGACACAUUACCCCCUCCAUCCAUCCUGUUGCCAAAAAAAAAAAAAAAAAAAAAA